AUGACAAUGACAGACUCUCCGACGCCCAACGGUCACGAUGCUCUCGAAGAGAAGCUUGGGCGACUAUCUAAAAAACCGGGCGUCCGGGCGAGCAUUGUUCUUGACAGAACAAGCGGCGCGAUUCUAAAGACCAGCGGCGAACUGUCGGCUCUUCGAACAGCAAAGGCUCGAGAUGCUGCAACAUCAGCUUCGUUCUCCAACGAGGCCCCUGCAGCGGAAGCGAGUGAAUCUCAAGGGGUUGAGGAUUUCGCGGCGAUGAUUUGGAACUUUGUCAGAACGUCUGGUAAUUUGGUGCAGGAGGUGGAUGCAGAGGUUGCUCUACCAAUUCUGGACGCAGACCGAAUUCUUGGCUAA